GCUGCCGCGGCGCCGCCGGCCCCGCCGGCGCCGCCGACCGCCCCGAGGGCGCAGGCCGUUGCGGCCAGGGCCCUGGACCAGGCGGAGCAGAAGGCGCUGCAGAAAAGGCUGGGCGACAGGGUGGCGCGCAUCGACGGCGUGAGCAGCGAUCAGGCGACCCCUCGGAGAGGGGAGCGGAGGAGGAGCCGAGCUCCAGCCCUACGUGCGGGUUCGCCUGUUGCGGGCUGGUCCUGUCGUCUUUCUGGGCCUGCUCGGAGCCUGCGCAGCGCGCGCCUGGCACGGGUUCGCUGGCGCUGCGCUCGCUGGAAGCGAGGACGAGCAGCACACCCAAGGGCCGGGAGGCCGCCUGCCUGCAAAUCGGGCCCCAGAGCUCGGGCCGACCCGGCGCGGCGGCGGCCCCGGCGCGGGCGCGCCGAGGGCACGCGCGACGUGCUGGCGGAGUACGUCGUCUGCAUGGUGGUGGAGAGGACCGCCCUCGGGUGAGCACC